AUGAAGCUGUUCGCCUUUGGGCUACUUCUCAUGAGCUCGGCAGUGUUUGCCCAGCCAGGUACCCGAAUCAUUGGUGGGUACAAUUGCGGAGAAGGCAACCGCCCCUACCAGGCAGCCCUCGUAUAUGGACGCAAAGGCAAUUGGAACAUUUAUUGUGGAGGGAGCUUAGUGCAUCCUUGCUGGGUCCUGUCUGCUGCUCACUGCAAACCCAAACUGGGCAUGAAGGUGUGCCUAGGCAAGCAGAAUUUGAAAAAGGUAGAAAGCACAGAGCAGUGCUUAAAUAUCGCCGAAGUGAAACAACACCCCAAUUACACGAGACGCAACAACAACAAGGAUUUCAUGCUUCUUCGGCUUCGGCCCUGUGCCAAGCUCAAUAAUGCUGUGAAGACCAUUCCCCUGCCUUCCAAGUGCCCUGGAGAUAAUGUGCCAUGCACAGUGUCAGGCUGGGGUACCAUAAGAACUCCUCAAGCGAAGCUUCCAGACAUCCUACAAUGUGCAGAUGUCAGCACUGUCCCCCAACAGACGUGCAAUAAAGCAUAUCGUGGUGCCAUAACAUCGUUCAUGAUGUGUGCCGGAGUCCCUCAGGGAGGCACAGACUCCUGCCAGGGUGACUCUGGGGGCCCCCUGGUCUGUGACGGCAAAGUUGAAGGCGUGGUUUCUUGGGGGACCUUCAUAUGCGCGCAGAAAGGGAAUCCAGGAGUCUAUGCCAAAGUCUGUUGUGUCGUGCCGUGGAUCAAAGAUACCAUCAGCAAGCAGGGCAAAUGCUGA